GAACAUGCGGUUUGGGAUCGACACGUGCGCUGGUUCUAGUUUGAUAAAAGAAAGGACUAUUUUCUCUCAUGAUAACAAGUAUCUAAUCUGUUGUUUUGGUCAUGUGAUCAAAGUACUUGCAAUUGCCACUGGUGAAUGUUUACAUGAAUUAAGAGGCCACCAGGAGUAUGUUACCAGUGUUGUUCUCAACCCAAGUAAUAAAUUACAGCUUUUUUCAAGUUCAUUGGACGGCACAGUAAAACUGUGGGAUUACACAGAUGGUAUUCUGUUCAAGACAUAUCACAUUGGUGUACCAAUACAUGCAUUAUAUGUUCCUGUUACAUCUAAGAGUUUAUAUGUUACUGUUAAAGAGGACAAGAGAUCAACUGAGAAGCCUUACAAAUUUAGUUUGAAACAAUUUGUUUUACCAAAGUCUGCUAAUAAAAAUAUAAAACUAGGUGAAUCAUCUACAAUUUUUUCUGGGAUGUAUAUCAGGAAUCAAAAAAAGGUUUCCUUUGGUGUGAAUGCUGAAUUCGUAGCUGCUGUAUCAGGGAAGGAAUUAUUUGUUAAAAUGUUGAAGAAUGAUUCAACUGAAAUGAGAUGCUUUCGGAUCACCAAGAAGAGUUUCACUAGUGUUGUAUGCCAUCCAACCGAUUACUGCAUUGCAACAGGAGAUGGAACUGGGCAACUUCUUCUAUGGAGGAAUUUUACUGAACCGGAGAAAAAAGUUUCACAACAUAAAAAUCACUGGCAUUCAAGAAGUUUACAGGACAUUUGUUUUUCAGCAGAAGGUUCCUAUAUCUACACUGUUGGUCUGGAGUGUACAGUAGUGCAGUGGCAAUAUGAAACCAAUCACAAGUCAUUUCUACCGAGGCUCGGCUCACCUAUAUGUUAUGUUAGCUGUUCUGAGGACAAUUCCUACAUUGCAACGAGUCAUCUCGAUAAUGCAAUCCAAGUAUUAUCAAAUGGUAAAAUAAUUCAGACAUUUCAAGGACUAACAAGGGAGUACCUACCUCAGCAUGGUAAUGACGUAAUCCCUACCGGUGUGGUAUUAGAUCCACGAUCUCACUGUGUUGUAUUAAAUGGUAAACCAGGACAUUUGCAGUUUUAUGAUAUGCACACUGAUAAACUCCUCUAUAAUCUGGAUAUUGUACGUCAAAACUACAUAACAGCAGAUGCCCUCCAUAACACUUUGGUACAGACAGAUGUGGAAAAAGCUGCAUUUGAUUGCCAUGGAAACUGGUUGGCGACAGUUGAGAGGAGAGAUGAUGGCGUGACUGCCAUGGAAAUGAGACUGAAAUUUUGGCAAUGGAGUGAUAAGAAACAGAGUUUUGUUUUAAACACAAGUAUAGAAUCACCCCAUCAAGAUAAAGUUACAGCCAUGUGCUUCAGACCGGCGAACAAUAAAAUCAAUCCAUCAGGAACACCAAUGGCUGUCACAUCAAGUAAAGACAACAAGUUCAAGAUUUGGAUUCUAAUCGAUGAUACCGAUAUCUACCGUAAAAAUGUUUGUUGGACUUGUCAAUCUGUUGGUUUUUAUCACGACUUACCAACUGGUAGUAUUGCGUUCUCAACCGACGGUUCUCUGCUAGCAGUCGUGUGUAGUAAUAUUAUUACACUGUGGGAUCCUGACACGAACGGUCUAAAGACGAGGCUAUGUCAACCUGUAAUGACAAAAAGAAGAUACGCUUGUCAUCAAGUCUUAUUUGGGAAUGGAUCCUCGUCGCAUUGUCUUGUAGCUGUGUAUGAUGAUAACAUAACAGUCUGGAAUCUUCUCACCUGUUCAGUUUCCUGGUCUCUUUACCUGGAUGUGAGUUGUCUAGUGAAGGACCCGUCUACUGAUUACUUUGCUGCCUUUACCAACCAAUCAGACGUAUAUAUAUUCAAAGCAUCGGAACAGAAUGCUAAACACAUUUACAAUCAAGUGAGCAAGUCUGCUGUAGUGGCGGCUAUAUUCGUACCUCAUAAACAGACUCAAGAUGCUACAGAUGCAUUACCAUGGCAACAAAAAUCCCAACUAUAUUUCAUCAAUGAAGACCAGCAACUGAAGUCUUUGCGGAGCAUACAGGAGUUAGACAAGAGGCAAAAAAUGCAUGCACCUAGAAAGAGUGCAAUACAGGAGAAUCUUCCAUCAACUCCGUUCUCCAAGUUUUUGGAGACUUAUCAGACUGGUGGGAAAAGGAACCCUAGUGAUAUUAGUCUACAUGGUAAUCCUGGAUCAGUUGCUGCAAGAGAGAUAAUGAAUACACCAGCACAUGUGCUGCCACCAGUCAGUUCACUUUGUAAUUCAUUCAUGAAGAUUCUGCUUAUUCCAAACUCAGCCACCAGCAGAAUUGAUGAUACAGAAUCUGAUGAGGAAAGUAGUACAAACAAUCAGACAUCAGACUCUGAAGAAUCAGAAAUGGAAGAAGAUGGUCUGAGGACGAAUACCGAUCAAUCAAAAGUCAUUGCACUGAAUGGCAGUACUGAACACUUUACCCAGAUUGAUGCAAAACAACUUGAAAAACAAUCUUCAAAAAGUUUUAGUUGGAUGAAAAGAUUUUUCAAAACAUUACACAGUGAAAAAGAAUAAAAGGAAAUCCUUUUA